AUGGCUCCGACGCCGCGGCUCAUCUUGCUGCUGAGCGGGAAGAGAAAAUCGGGCAAAGACUUCGUGGCGGAAGAGAUCCAGAGCCGGCUCGGUCCAGAUGUUUGCACCAUUCUGCGGUUAUCAGGUCCGCUGAAAGAGCAGUAUGCAAAGGAACAUGGCCUGGAUUUUGGACGCCUCUUGGAUGCCAGUAAUUACAAAGAGAUGUACCGGGAGGACAUGAUCCGCUGGGGCGAGGAGAAGCGCCGGACCAAUCCUGGUUUCUUUUGCCGCAUCGUAGUGGAGGGUGUGGUGCAGCCUGUCUGGGUAGUGAGUGACACGCGGCGUCUGUCGGAUGUGGAGUGGUUCCAAGACGUGUAUGGAGAUUUGGUAAAGGUGCUGCGCGUCGUAGCCAUGGAGGAGACCCGGAAGAGACGCGAUUGGGUGUUUGUAGCAGGGAUCGACGAUGCGGAGUCGGAGUGUGGCCUGGACCAAGGCGUGGCCUUCGAUUGGGUCAUCACCAACGACGGAGACCAGCUUUCCCUGGAGGCCCAACUGGAGGAGCUGCUUCAGUUCAUCCACGGCACCCUCCACCCACCUCCGAAUGUUUAG